UUCCUGGAUUCCCCCACCCACUGACUGCUGGGAUUUCUGGCAUAACUCAGAGUAAACGGAGACGUGUUUGGGAAGAAAGUUACUGAACAAAGUGCCUACAUUUCUACGUAAAUAACUGAAGAGCUAAGUCUUAAGAUGUUACCAGAUCCUGAAAGAUAUAUGGAACUCAUGGAAGUUUGAAAAAUAAAUCAACUCAUCAUAUAGGAACACAUCAAUCUUCUUAUAGCUGUGACUGAUGCCUAAUACAGCGCCCAACUGGCGGGUCUUGAAAAUAUGGUAGUGUCCCACAGACUGUGUGCUCCAGACAGAACUACGACCACCUCAGCUCUCGAUUUAACUCUGGAUACAAUCCAAUGGACCUCUUUACUGAACUCAUAGUUCUUCUGGUUCUGAACAUCAAAAUAUACCAUUGUCAAGAAUAUAAGAUAAAUGUGCCACUAAUUUUGGAACUACGCAAUGACUCAUAUGAGCAACGUUUGUAUGUCAAGUGGAAUGUCAGUAACCUGUCUAAUACUUCUAGCUCAGAAAUUAUUUUUCAUUUUCAAGUAAGCCGACAUAAAGAAAUGAAAAUCAUUUUCAAUGAAUAUUUUAAUACAACAUUAAAUGAACAACUGCAGCCAUUUACUUGGUCUUGGAAAUCUGACUUACCUUUAGAAUGUGCUUCUCACUCUGUACGAAUUAGAAGCUCAGUAGAUGGAAAAUAUAUUACUGAAGACAAGGAAUGGAGCAUAUGGAGUCCAUGGAAGACCUUUUAUGGUGCAGAUACUGCAGAUCUAUCGAAGACUCUCAUCUUUCCAUAUAACAAAAUAGUUCAUGAAGGAUCCAGUAUCAGCUUCUGUUGUAUACCAGAGAAGAAAAAAAAUGUUGUCUCAUUAAGUUACUAUAAUGGUGCACAAAUAAUUUCCCAGUCAACCUUUACUAAUAAUGAGACCUUUAUCAUCAAUGUAAAAAACGUGUCUUUGACAAAACCAUUCGGAGCAAACGUCAUAUGCAACUUAAGUCCAAGCGCCCGCAGUGGAACGGUUCUGUUUGUAACCAAACCUCCGGACAAACCAAAACAUUUAAGCUGCGAAACUCAAGAUAUUGUCAUUUUAAAAUGUAGCUGGGACCCAGGAAAAGAGUCCAAUCUGUAUGGUAUCCGUGCUAUAAAAUACACCCUGCAUGAACAGCUUUCCGGGAAAAACUCCUCUUCUUGUUCCAGAGACAGCUGUGCUUGGCCUAUUGAGAGAGGUCAAAUGAUCUAUAACUUUACCUUGACUGCUGUAAAUGCUCUGGGAAAAAGAAGCAUUAACAGUAUUAUAAAUAUAACAGAGAGAGUCCGUCCCUUGACACCAACAAAUCUAGAAGAAAUAUAUUUAAACUCUUCGCACAUCUCUUUAAAUUGGAUGUUGAAUGCAAACUAUACCGGAUUCAAGUUAAUAUGUCAAACGGAGCUUCAGAAAAAUGGAACUGUGGAACUGAGGAAUAUAACUAUGAACGGAGAAGCCAAAUCACCGUACAGUGUCAAUCUUGAAAGGCUGCAACCAAAUACCAAUUAUAAAUUCAGAGUACGUUACAUUACAGAUACACCUGUGUCAAAAUGGGGCAAUUGGUCUGAGACAUAUACAUUCAAGACACAAGAAUGUGCUCCUGCAGCAGCACCUGACAUUUGGAGAGAUGUGAAGGAGAAUGGUACUGGAAGAUCUGUGAUUCUCUACUGGAGGCACCUUCCUGAAUCUUAUGCCAGGGGAAAUGUUAUUAGUUAUAAUGUCUUUUGGCAGCCACUAGAUGAUACCUCUGAGACAAAAAGCAAAACUAUUUCUCCUCUACACAACCGCACACAAAUUAAUAUUGACAGUAGGGCUUAUGUAAUAAGAAUGACAGUACAAAAUGGAGCUGGGAUUUCUCCUCCUUCAGAGUUAAGAAUUCCUGAUGCAACAGAAAAUGACUCUAGGAACAUUAAAGAAGAAAAGGCAAAUGGGACAAAAAAUGGAGUUUUAAUAUCAUGGAGUUGUCUUCCUAAUGUUUUUCAUGGAUUUGUCAUUGAUUGGUGCAACUAUCCAAGGUCUGAACACUGUGAUUUUCAAUGGAAAAAAAUCAGUUCUAAUUUCCAUAAUGAUGUCAUUGUAUCAGAUGCUUUUAAAGCAGGAGUGAGAUAUGACUUUAGGAUUCAUGGGCUUAAUGUUGAUGGAGGAUAUUUAUUGGCCUACAGUACCGGAUUUAAACAAGAACUGGCUCCCUCAGUGGCGCCUCAGGUGAAAAUCAGCAACAUGGAAUCACAAGCAAUAUCUAUAACAUGGGAGUCAUAUCCAACUGGCAAAUCACAAGAAGGAUUUAUAGUUGGGUACAACGUCUAUUUAAAAAGCACUGGAGGAGGAUGUGAAAUCAAGGAAGCAAAAGACCUUGUGCUUUCAGAUGGCUCACAUGUGUGCAAAUUUGUUAUUAAUGACCCUGAAAAGAAAAACUUUAUGAUCAGAGGACUAUAUGCCAACACAAAAUAUGAAAUUAGAGUAACUGCAUUGACUGGUGGCGGAGAAAGCCCAUAUGAAAUCAAGAAUAUGCAAACUCCUUCAAACUCUCAAGGGGUCUUUUUGGCAAUUAUCCUUCCUGUGAUCAUCUUUUCCAUAAUUGUACUAAUUUUAUCAAUUAUGACAUACUGGAAGAGAAGAUGGAUACAAGAAUAUUGUUAUCCAGUUAUUCCUGAUCCGAGAAAAGGCCAACUGCUCUCAUUGGAUGGAUUAAAGGCAAAUUCAGAUAAAAAAGUGAUGAUACCUACUGCAUGCAUAACUCAAAGUGUCCAGAUCGUAAAUGUGCAAGAAGCAAUAAAAGUGGAGAACUCUGAAGUAAACAAAAAUUCAACAGACCUUCUACCUGGUUUAAUACUUAAUCAUGUGGAUGUUAAUUAUAAAAACUGCUGUCAUUUGGAAGAAAGCACAGAUUCAAAUGCUUAUACCGAUGAUACAGAGCAUGAGAGCUCUGGAGUGGGAGAUGUCUACAAAACAUUCUCACAGCCACCGUUACAAACUUACAUUGAGUUCUUCAAUAAUAACUAUUGUAUCUCUCCAGAUGAUGGGCUGGACAUUUUACCAAAUGGUUAUAAACCUCAAUUGGAACCUUCACAACCAACAUAUGCCCAUACCAACCAGUUGCAGUCUUUAAGUUCCAUGACAAAUUUGAGUUUGAUGAUAACAUCAUCUGAAGAUCUCCACAGCUUCACCAGUGAUCAGAGUCCAACAUCUACAACAUCUUCCACCCUCUUACUUAAAGACUAAAGCAGCAUUACAAGUAUUUUUGUGGGACUUAUAAAGCCAGACAUAUUACUUUGUAAUAUGGGUGUAGCAGGUGACAAUUUUAGGAAUAUGUACAAAUUGUUGUUACAAAGCUGGUAACUCUGAGACAAUAAAAUAGUUUGAUAUAAAGAAACCAACAAUAAGCUCAAAGCACUUUAUAGUGAUCAGCAAAGGCAUUACUCCUGGUAAGAAUAUAAUCUAUUACAGACAGUUUAAUGGAACUGUGUACAUUUGAAAAUCUAGAUUAUUCUAAAACGUUAACUACAUGGUUUUACAAUGUAAAUAAUGUAUAUAAAUUAUGGCUGCUUGCUCUUAAGUAAAUAUGAUCCUGUAAUAA